AUGCCCCCCCAAGUCCGCGUAGGAGUAGGAGUCUUCAUCCUCUCCUCCUCCCCCUCCACCUCCUCCUCCUCCCCCUCCCAAACCUCCCCCAACUCCAACCCCAAAAACCCCACCUUCCUCCUCGGCAUCCGUCUAAAUUCCCACGGUUCAGGAACCCAAGCCCUUCCCGGCGGGCAUCUCGAAUUCGGCGAAACGUUUGAAGAAUGCGCCAUCCGAGAAGUGUUGGAAGAGACUGGCCUCCAAAUUACGAAACCGAGAUUUUUGACUGCGACGAAUGAUUUUAUUUUGUCAUCAUCUCCAUCGUUUUCGGAAAAGAAAGAAGGGGAGGAGGAGGGGGAGGAUAAAAAGGAGGAUAAAAAACAUUAUGUGACAGUGUUUAUGACUUGUGAGAGAUUGAAUCAGGAGGAUGAGCCGGAGAAUCGGGAACCGGAGAAAUGUGGAGGGUGGGAGUGGGUGGAUUGGGAAUCUUUGGUCAAGUGGGUUGAUGAUGGGGAGGAGGAGGAGAACAAGGGAGAUGGGAUGCGGAAAAAAGUCUUUACUCCUUUGAUUAGUCUGAUUCGCCAACGACCGGGCCUUGUGCCCAGCACUGCACUGUCUGAACAAGAUUGA